UUCAUGUUCACCUGGCAACAGUCUAUGGCUGUAAGGCGAAUAAUAUGCCCUUUUACGUGUUUAUUUUCUUAAAAUAAUAGUAGUAUUUAGAAGCUGAAUAUUAGGGUAUCGCUCAAGGUUAUUGUAGCAUUAAAUAGUUGUAGUUUCUAAUUGUAAACGACGUUACUGUUCGUUUGCUAGCGUAAUUACGAUGUUGAGAAGCUAGCAUUAAACCCCGUUAGGUUACAUCCUAUUCCGUUAGGUUAGUUAGCAAUAACAGUGAAAGCAGACAGACAGUCAGACUGCUUUAAUCCUCCGAGUUUGAUUAUUAAAGAAGCAAAAAUGGAAGAGAUAAAGACGGAGCCUGUGGAUUUUGUAAAGGAAUUUCAGGAAUAUCUGACCCAGCAGACCCAGCAUGUCAACAUGAUUUCAGGCUCAGUUUGUGGAGAAAAAGAAGCAGCGGAGCCUUUUCCUGCCAGCGGACCAGUUUCACAGAGCAUUGAGCAGAAUGGUCUGGACCCUCCGUCCGUGGAGGUUAGCCUGUCUCUGGAGGACGGGGCGGAUGUGCAGAUGGACGGACUGGAGAGGACCUGCGAUGGGAAAUACAAGUGCAGCUACUGCAGCUACGCCAACAAGGGCAUGGCACGUUUAAUAGAGCACAUCCGCAUCCACACAGGGGAAAAGCCUCACCGCUGCCAGCUGUGUCCCUUUGCUUCAGCGUACGAGCGUCACCUGGAAGCCCACAUGCGUUCACACACAGGAGAGAAACCGUACAAGUGCGACCUCUGCGCCUUCCGCUGCAGCGAUCGCAGUAAUCUGUCGCACCACCGCCGCCGCCGCCACAAGCUGGUGCCCACCAGGGUCGCACGCUCGCCCUUCUCCAAUAAGAGGAUGCUGAGCUCCCUGCAGAAGAGGACGGGCUCUCUGGGCUUCGGCAGGCGGCUGCUCAUCAACUUCAACCCCCCUUCCAUGGUGAUGCCAAAGUCGGACUAUCUGAACGACCUGUCUCACAAGCUCCACCACCACUUGAACAGCUCCGAGUACAAGUCAAAGGUGGACGAGAACGACAGUCGUAGUCGGACCGCAAACGGGUUGAUGUUUAAUAACCCGCUGGACCAGUUGUCUACACUGGCCGGGCAGAUUUCUGACCUCCCCCCUGACUCUCAAACUCCUGCCUCCCCCGACAGCGAAUCUCUAAAAGACGAGAAACCCAUCCUCAUACACCAGGUCUCCGGCGCUCCGGUGGCGAUGUGCUCGAACGGCGUGCAGACAUCGCCCGCUAAAAGAGCAUCCCCCGCAUCGGUUCAUGGGAGCUGCAGUCCUGCUCCCGGCCUCAGCUUCGACAACAGCGUCCACACCCUGUCUGCGAGUGUGAGCAACAGCCAGCCGAGCACGCCCACCCCGGCUCUGGUCACACUGGACCAGCAAGUCUUAUACAAAUGCCAGCACUGUGAUAUUCACUUUUUGGACAACAUCCUCUACACCAUCCACAUGGGCUGCCACGGCUACGAACAUCCAUUCCGGUGCAACAUUUGCGGUCACAUGUGCACAGACAAAUACGACUUUGCAUGCCAUUUUGCUCGCGGCCAACAUAAAAAGUGAUUUUUGUGGAGAUGUAGAACCUUGUGUUUUCAGUAUAUGAACAUGGAGCAUCUUAUUUUAUUUACAGCCUGUUUUUUUGUUUGCACUAAGAUUUUGCCUUAUUGCAUUUACAGUCGCAGAAAAAAUUAUUAGACCAUCAAAAGUCAUCAAAAACAGUACUUAUGCCAUCAAGUACCAACUCGUGUGUAUCGUGACAAAAACAGACAGAAAAGAAAGCAUGGAAUGCCUAAAAGCACUGUUUUUGGCAGUACAGUGCCAUAGAUAUUGAUGUAAGAACUGAAUUGAUUUUGGUUAUUAUCUAAAAAACA